UAAAAAAAACAAUGGCCAGUUAGUUAGUCUAUUUUUGUCGGUUACUUUUUAAACUACUUGCAAAGCUCCUCUAAAACUUUGACGCGAAUGCGAAACCGCAACAACGCCCCCGCGCCCAGUCCCCCGAAAACUCGAUACAAUUCAAUAGCCGAGCGUGACGCAAAAGAAUUGGAAAUUGCCAACGCGAGUGUGCGUGUGUGUGCGGAUUUGAGAUGCUUUUGGAGCUACGGGCAGUAACGAGCAUCAGCUAAUUAGCAUCGAACGCGCGUAAACAGUGCUUAGUGGGCCGCUCCAGGCUGCUACGGAUUUCGGGCUGCAGCAACAGCAACUCCGAAGCGACGUGAGCGUUUUGCGUGAAGAAAUGACGACCACAAGUCAAAUGGAGAUGAAUCCAAAUGGAGGAAGCACCGGAGAAGGCUUGGAAUCCACUGGCGAAGAGGUGGCGAACUUGACGCCAGGCAAUGUCGCUGUCGUCCAAAAGAAUGUCGCCGGCGUCGUGGGCGCUGCCAGCACACAGAGAGCCUUGGAUGCCACCAAGCGCAAGAAACUCAAGUCACGCAGCGGAGCAGCCUCCUCGACAGCUUCCACAACCGAAACGCCAGCAGCUGUGAGUCAGAUUAACCGAUCCGGCCUCAGCUACUCCAAGGAUCAUUUGGAUGCCUGGCUGGAGAACUGUUUACGCGACGCCACCAAUGCCCAAUUGUCGUCAUCGUCCGAGUUCUUGGACUUUAUACCACCCACAGCCAACGUUCACAAGCAAAUGUUUGUGAGUCAGCAGCAACAGCAGCAGCAACAACUACAGCAGCAACAGCAGCAGCUGCAGCAGCAACUGCAGCAACAACAACAGCAGCAACAGCAAGUUCCCAUGCGUUCACAGCCAUAUGGAAUGGGCACGGGCACGCCCUUCAGCCUGGGUAUACAGCGCCAUUCGCGCUCGCUGAGCCAUCGAUAUCCGAUGCUCUUUCCACCCCAAAACCUCAACGGUUACGGCAUGGGUAUGGGCUAUGGCACCGACGGUGGCCAGGAGUUCGCCAGCCUGCCACCUUUGGUCAACAUGAUGGGCGCCGGGGCAGGUGGCCCUGGCUCCGAGCACGAGCCCAAUUCCACGGACGUGUUAGAUGGCAGCGGAAGCAAUCCUAAUUUCAGCCGAGGGUUUCGAUUCAGCGAUCCCUGCCUGCUGAACCCCUCGGACUCCAAUGACUCCAAGUUGAGUGGACAGAACACGCCGGACUGCCGUAAUGGCAAUGCCAGCGGCGGCAGUGGCUGCGAUUUGGCGCAGCAGAACAAGUUCUUUGCGGCGUUAAUGGAGCAAAUAAACAUAUUGCAUGACACCAACUCCAAGAUAUGUAGGAAUUUGCAUGAAACGAAAGUCGAUAUCGAAGCUUUAAAGCACCCAGCAGCAACAGCUGCCAGCGGCCAGGCCUGGGCGGUACCUGGCAUGGGGGGUAUGCGGCACCGUAGAGAUAGCUUGAGCGGAUUAAGCACACAAAGUCAACCCAUGGUGUUUGGCAGCGGAUUGGGCGGGACGCACAGCCCGGCGCCCACCUUCCAUUCAGGCGCCUACACUCCUGGCAUGAUGACUGACGUGGUGCGAGAGGUCAAGGAGGCGGCGCGCGUACGUGAGGAUGCCAUGUUAAGUCGUGUCAAAUCGAUGGUCGAAGAACGGCAGUGGACCUUAAACGAGGGCAAUGUACGAAUUCUACGCGAUAUUGAUGAUUUGAAGUCCCACGUGAUGCAGCUGCGACUGGAGAGAAAGGAGACAAACAAGCGGCUGUCACAUCUGGAGGCUGAGAACAAAUACCUGCGCCAGGCCCUGGCCGGUUGCUAUAACCAGCGGCAAACAUCGUCGUAUCGUGACACUAUCUAUGAGAACGAUCGGGCGCGUGGGUCGCGAAAGCCAUUCCCGAAUGGUGGGGGAGUGCAGGGACCACGGCGAGCGCAGUCUUUCAACCUGCACUACGGAACAUUGCACCAGACGCCAACGCAAGCCACGCACUCGCUGGAGGAGGAUGACGAGGUGGAGGAGGAGGAGCAACUGGAUCAGGCAGAGCUGGAAAGUGAAGUGCAAUCGGUGGCCACCAAGCGGCUGUCCUGUUCGAGCAACGAGUCCCGCAGCAAUGGCCUGCAUACGCCCGCAUCAACGCUUCCGCAACCACAGCAAACGGUCCGAAGUCCGCCCACUUUUGCCCUGAUUUCGGAUCAGGUCAAUCCGGGUCUGCCUCCGCCAUUGUUGCCGCGCAAGAAGGAGCACGCUCAGCUCAAGCGGGAGCUCAGCGAAGCGGCCGCCGCACGUAAGGAGGCAAAUCAGCGUAUAAUUGCCCUUGAAAAAUUGGUUAAAGACCUAAGCGCCCAGGUGGUGGCCAGCCAAUCAUCCGACUUGAAACCUAACGCGUCUAGCACAGCUCCAGCUCCAAUUGCGGCGUCGGUCCUGGCAUCGAAAUUCAGCGUGGCGGACGGAGGACCGUUUACAGACUUAUAGUUUUAGCUAUCCGCCCCCGACUCGAAGAAGCGACGGCAGACUGUGCGCGUCACUAACUUAUAGCAGCAGCAGGAUCGCCGACACUACUACACCUUUCGUUUCAAAAUUAUUUAUAACUCAUUAACCUGCGCAUAACUUGUUUAGCUUAGAACAUGCUUCUAAAAAACUAAAUUUGACAUCCAAAACAGCGAGUUCAUUAUUAUUCUGUGUGUGUUCUUCACUGACUCACACAAACAGAAUACUAUAUUUAUUGCCUACACUUUUGUUGUUACUAAAAAUCUAAAAAAAAAACGAGUUUGACCUCGUAUUAUGUAAUAACGAAUUGAUUAUGUAUCAGAAAGAGUACAACGAUUGGCAGAUGACGACUUCUGAGAGUAUUUAAACUAAGAAAACGUGUACCUAUUGAAAUGAACAAAAAUCAAAAGUUAGCAUAGAGAGACGAUAUUUAAUCGAGAAUGAUCAGCAACCACUGAGAUAAAAGUGGUCAAAGAAUUGUCUUAGAUUGUAUAGAUUGUAAACCUUAUAUUUGUUAAGUGCCAUUUGAUUAAAGAGUAAAAUACAUUUUUAUCUAUUUAAUUUACUUUUA